UAAAAGCUUUCACGAAAAUUCAAAAUACUCUUCGGAUUGUCGGAGAUUUGGAAAAGAAACUAUCAAUCAACUUUUGAAAGCUUCGACUGAUUCUCAGAAAUUUGGAAUGCUCCAAACAGAUCUAUUUCAUUUCAAUUAACUGACUCUUUUAAAGCUUUCAAUUCAUUGAUUCGGUUGCAGAUUUGAAUCAGCUUUCAAGUAGAAAUGUCGAACGUAACUGUCUGCGUACGCUUCAGGCCUUUGAGCGCAAAGGAGAAAAGAGAUAUCGGUGAUAAUAUCUGUAUCCAAAGCAUUGACUCCGAAAACUUCAUUAUCAAGGAUGAGAAGGAAGAAGGUUUUACAUUUAGCUUUGAUAAGAUUUUUUAUGAGGAAUCUAAACAAGCUGAUGUCUAUGAGUUUCUUGUUCUUCCAAUUGUCCGAGAUGCUGUCAAUUCUAUAAAUGGAACAAUCAUCGCUUAUGGACAGACGGGGGCAGGGAAGACAUACAGUAUGGAGGGGUCAAACAUACUGGAAUCUGAUGAAAAGAAGAAAGGGAUACUUCCAAGAGUGGUGGAUGGAUUGUUUACAUGUAUAAAAACUUCUGCCGACUCAACCAAGUACACUAUUAAGUUGUCAAUGGUGGAGAUCUAUAUGGAGAAGGUUCGGGACCUUUUUGAUUUGUCGAAGGACAAUAUCCAGAUUAAGGAGAGCAAAAUACAAGGAAUAUUGUUAUCUGGAGCAACAGAGAUCUCUCUUUCAAACCCAGCCAAAGCAUUGCAAAGCCUAUCUAGUGGGAUAGCUAACAGAGCUAUUGGAGAGACCCAAAUGAACAUGGCAAGCAGCAGGAGCCAUUGCGUUUACAUGUUCACAAUCGACCAACAAUCACUUUCAGAAAAGAGGGUGAAAUCUGGGAAGUUAGUUCUUGUGGACCUGGCGGGGUCAGAGAAAGUAGAGAAAACUGGGGCUGAAGGAAGACUACUCGAAGAGGCUAAAACAAUCAAUAAAUCCCUUUCGGCAUUAGGGAAUGUUAUAAAUGCUCUGACAUGUGGUACACCAGCCAAAGCAAGCCAUAUUCCUUAUCGUGAUUCCAAGCUCACUCGACUCCUGCAAGAUGCUCUUGGUGGGAACUCCCGCUCUGCAUUGCUUUGUUGUUGCUCACCAAGUCCUUCAAAUGCAUCAGAAAGCCUGUCCACUCUUCGUUUUGGUGCAAGGGCGAGGCAUAUAAAGACAUCUCCACUUGUCAAGGUUAAUGAGGACAAAGGUUCCGAUAAGAAGAAUGGAGCUCUUUCUGGUACCAGAGACGAGACAUUCGAGAAAAUUCUAGAAAAAAUGAGUGAGAGGCUUAAUGCUGAAGAUGUGAAGUUACUUGAGGAAUUAUUCAUUCAGGCAGGACUAUUUGUGGAUCUUGAUUCAACAGAUGACUUGGAAUCAAACUUUCAAGAUGUUGUUGAACAAACCAUUUCUUCAUUGAUGAAAGCUGUGGAGGAGCUCAGAUCUGCUGUUCAGAUGCUUCAGAGAGAGAACAUGACCCUGAAGGAAAGGCUUGGUGCUGCUGAAAGAUUAGAUGCUUUGCCCGGAGGAACUGCUGAUUUUCUUCAGAAGAUUUCGGGUCUUCUCAGCUACUUCAUUCCGGGAAUGCAGAGAUGAAACUUUGUUCCACUCCAUGAUGAUGGUUUAUAGAAUCCAAGUAAACACUGGAACACAUUUGCUCUACUUCAAUUUCUGUCUUGAUAAAUCAUAUCUCCAUA